AUGGUUACGGCUAAUACCAGGAAAACGAACACCUGUGUCGUGUGCGAGAGCUCCAAUCUCGCCUCUAUAUGCCCCGUCUGCGUCAAUUGCAGAUUGAAUGAGUACAAUUGUAAUUUGAGGGUGUUGAAGAGCAAGAGGGACGCACUGUAUUCGAGAUUGACUCAAGUCCUUGUAGCAAAGGGCAAGGCUGAUGAUCAACAAAGUUGGCGGGUGCUUCAACAUGAGAAACUAGCAAGCUUGAGAGAUAAACUUCAACUUCGUAAAGAACAAGUAUCACAAGGAAAGGCUAAGAUUGGAAAGAUGUCUCAUGAUCUGAAAGUGAAAUAUGAGUUGCUUGAAUCAGCUAUGAACAUGCUGGAAAAAAAUCGUGUGGAACAAAUUGAGAAGUAUUAUCCAAAUCUUAUCUGCACACAGAGUCUUGGUCAUAUGGCAAUUACUUCUGAACGCCUUCACAAACAAUCAGUCAUUAUAAAGCAGAUAUGCAAGUUAUUUCCCCUGCGCCGGGAGUUGAAAGGUCAAUUUGAUACCAUAUGCAGUGCACGUUUGCCAAAAGGAUUAGAUCCCCAUUCAGUUCCAUCAGAUGAGCUUGCCGCCUCAUUGGGAUAUAUGGUGCAACUUUUAAAUCUUGUUGUUCCUACUGUGUGUGCUCCUGCACUUCAUAACUCAGGAUUUGCGGGUUCUUGUUCUCGAAUCUGGCAGCGGGAGUCUUAUUGGGAUGCUCGACCUUCAUCCAGAAGCGAAUUCCCGCUUUUCAUUCCCCGGCAAAACUUUUGCACCACUGGUGGGGAAACUUCAUGGUCCGAGAGAAGCUCAAGCAAUUUUGGUGUUGCUUCAAUGGAAUCCGAGAGGAGGCCUCGAUUAGAAUCAUCUGGCGGUAGUUUCAAUUAUUCUUCUGCAUCUCCACAUUCAAUUGAAACACACAAGGAUUUACAGAAAGGCAUAUCACUCCUCAAGAAAAGUGUGGCAUGCAUAACGGCGUACUGCUAUAACUCGUUGUCUUUGGAUGUUCCUCUCGAGGCCUCUACUUUUGAGGCAUUUGCAAGACUUUUGGCCACACUUUCCUCUUCCAAGGAAGUACGGGCUGUGCUAUCUUUGAGAACGGCAGCGUCCAGGUCAUCCAAACCUAGUCAACAGCUGAGUACGUCUGUAUGGAAUGUGGAGUCAGCUAUUUCAUCUAGCACUUUAAUGGAGAGUGCACAUGCCCAACCUAUAUUGAGAAAUGCAUCUGAUAUUUAUCUUCCGAGCUCGGCUGCCAGUUAUCUUUUUCCUAACGACCUUUCUGAUGUUAAGAAUGAAAACUUAAUUGACGGGUGGGAUUUAGUCGAGCACCCGACGUUUCCUCCUCCUCCAUCGCAGACUGAGGACGUGGAGCAUUGGACUCGAGCUAUGAUUCUUGACGCAACAAAAAGAUGA